AUGGCUAGCGGUGGAGUUUAUGCUGAGACUUUGGAGCUGCCAAAAGUUCCUGAUACUAUUGUUUCGGGGAGCACGUUUAUCAAAUGGGACGACGUAAGAAAAGCGAAUUUCUUGUACUUUAAUCACUGUGUAUUAAUAAUCGAAUACAGAGCGUUCGUAUUGUCAACAUCUCACACCGACUUAAUCUGACCCGAACGAGGGCAGUUUAAUAUGUUAUCGUUAUACUUAGCGCUUGCUUUUCAGUAGUGACAUAUAUACGGGGGAGCCGCAGGAAGAAUCGAAAUUGCUACCUUUGAAAUUCGGAUCUUGUGAAGGAAGCCGAAAGCAAGAUUUAGCGGCGAUUAUAUUGAGUGUUACUAUGUCCUUCAUAGCGAUGGACGGAUAGCAAAGCAAGUCGUCGAUCAAUAUAUCACCCUAUCGUGGUUUCUGCUCAUUACAAGUCCAUAGUUUCCAUUGAAUUUUAGCGCGAAAAUAUACCAAGAUUGUUAUCUAUCGAAUCACAGCUAAAAUUGCCUCGUACUUUGUUUACUUUAGGAUUCUGGCCUAGCACAGGCAUGUACACUAAAAAUUGACCCUUGUGGAUAUGUCCUGUUUUGGAAAUUCGAAGAAAAAGCGGUAAGGAACGGUAUUUUAUUAAAUACAGUGCUAAGUGCUUGUAUACUUUGGCCUUUAUAUAACGAGCUGAAGCAAUCGUUUUGUAGGGAACGUUAUAUAGUCAAUCUUCAGUUAUAAACGCUUUUGGAAUGUAGCCGAGAGUUCACGGCUUAUAUAGUUAUAUGUUAUGCAAUAUACAUCAAUUUCGUAUUCUGCCAAAUUCAGAGCUUAAUUCCUUGGCACAUGUAGAUUUCAUUUAACAGAAAUUGCAAAGUAUAUUUUGAUACCGUAACCUUUUGGUUCUAGUCGGAGGGCAUUGAAUGCAUUCUGUGUCGAGUGUAUGUGUAUUUAAUGUAUCAACGCAUCUCGGGACUCGAGUCAUGCAUACAAUGUCAACGUUGAUAGCUCAGCCGUUUCUACCGCUUGUUUUGUUUAGGAAACCGACUUGUUGGACGUUAUUCAGAUCAGUGAUGUUCGCAAUGGAAAAUACGCUCGAAUGCCAAAGGUGAAUCCUAUAUAUAGACCGAUAUAGUUCAAUGUUUGUCAGUGUAUAUGAUCAAAAUUUCUCGGUUGUUGCGCCCAUAUGUUGCAAUGUUAAAUUGCAAAAGCUUAUAGCGGAUUAGCUUGCAUUGCGUGUAAUAAUCUUGAUUUUUGGUCUACAGUAGCAAAGUUUAUAGCAUCGGUAUAGAUAAGACCUUAACGAAGUCUUGUGUGUAUUCUCUAUACGUAUAAUACACACGGAAUUCGCCGUAUUCUCGAUAACAAUGGGCCAAUUUAUAAGGUUUGCCCACGAGUCACGUCCUAGCCAAGCCAAGGUAUGCAAGCGUUGAUGAAUGACAGUAUAAAAGUGUCAAACAUCCCACUCACUGACACAGCCAGCUCUCUGCAAAUUUGAAAUUCAGAUUCGGCCCACUUUCUAAUCACCUCACAGUGACGCGUAUUAUUUUUAAUUAUUGCUUUGACUUGGAUAGUAUUUAAUUUCGAAAUAUUCGCUGCACUUUUGGAAUCGUGUUUGACGCACUUUUGGAAUCGUGUUUGACGCAAACCAUCGACUAUGUACCAUAACUCAUAAGUGUUCCUUGCCUUGUGCCGCUUUUUCAAUUUCGUGCGAAUUCUUUAUGCCACUUGCGAACAAUGCCGGUUAUCUGUCAUUCUGCCAAAACAAAAAAAACUCCAACAAGGCCAAAAUUAAAAGUAUCCCAGCAAUUUGAACUGAUUAGUCCCUUCGUCUGAGCACAGGUUUUUCACGACUUGUUAUAUAACUGAGUAUAAUAUUAGUGUAUAUAUAGUACAUAUUAUGUCAUGCAUAUAUGCCGUGUACAUCACUGCAAAAUGCCAAAAAGCAUAACUAUGUGUCUAUUAUAAGACUACUAUAUAUGAAAUUGAAUUCUAACUUCCUUCGCUAAAAAUUUCCUUGCAAGGAUUUUGAAAAAUUUUAGCAAGAAUUUUUUUUCAAUUUGACGAUUUUUUGACAAGCCCAAAGAUAUACUGUCUGAUUGAAACAUUGAGAACUGUUCAUGUUCAUAUCCGGUACAAUAUUCGAGCUGUUUCGUUACAACGACCCAAAUUGUAAAUAUUGCAAACUACACUACAAUAUCUAAAAAUAAUCUUUAUAGACAAAGACUCCUUGUUCGUUUGUAUAUUUUGAAAGUGUCCUUGCACUCAAGUAAUAUGUCUACAUUGUCUAGUAUACAGAGUACAAAAAUACAUGUAUACAAGUCUAAAACACGUGCAUGCCUCUUGAGCCUUUUUGCUCUUUUUUCAAAAUCUCAGACCAAAAUCCCAAAGCUAUUAUUGUCAGUCAAUAUAAGCGCUUAUGCUACUUCAACUUGUGAUAUUAAUAACUCGAGCGUUCAUUAUGACAUUAUUAUUUAUUAUCAAGCCGCAUCAGUAUGCCAUCCAUUUAAUCAUAUGACGCGUAUCGGGCAAAAUUAAACAGUCUCCACGCAGGGCAUAUAUAGGCAGAUUAUAUAACAUGUAGCUAUGCGCAUAUCAUGUAUUUAAAAAACAACACCAUUAUUCAUAGUAAAGUCGCCGUCUUGAAAAAUUAUCUGAAAAUGAAAUAGUUAUAUAUUCGUAAUUCUUCUGCGAUAUUGAAUCGGCUACAAUAAGUCUGUUCGGCUUGCAAUCUUCGACCGCAUACGGAAUGUCAGCCUAUUUCAAUUAUAUUUGUUUAAAUAAUUCUCUAAGCAUACAGAAUUUGCCCGCCAUGCAGCUGCGUCGAUAUUAAACACAGCGAGAGCGACUGCCGUUUUGCUUAUAGCUAUUAUAAUUUUGACAUCCCUUUUUGGCGUAUAUCUGCCCAGUGUUUUUGGUGAAAAACACUGCAACCCUUUUCGAAAUUCAUUGACAUUGUAAAAGCUUCGAAAUAUACUUUUUCCACCGAUAUUUCGUGUGUCAAUUGACCUUGUCUGUUAGUCACAUUUCAAGACCUGCUAGAGCUGUCAAAUCUUGAGUGCAAAUCAUGAAUAAAUGUAUGAAUGUUUCUGUGGAAAAUCUGCAUGAAUUCUCUCCCAUUUGGAAAGACCCGCCCUGGUUCUCACGGCUAACGAGGCCAUCACAACUGUCUAGUCAAGCACUGAAUUCUUAAUGCUAUAGUUCACACUAUCAAAGAUUCUGUGAUCCAUCAGUAGGAAUGUUGCAUAUAGCCUUCAAAAAAGGCCCGGUCCUUUGCAAACCUUUAACUCUAUAAACCUUAAAUGAAGUUAAACCUUAAACUCUAAGCGCGCAAAGCUUAAUGGGAACAUAAGUUUCAAGCUUAGUAGUUGAAUAUUGCAACUAUUUUGGUUUGUGAAUGAAUAGUUCUCGUAAGGAGACAUUUACCGUGGGCGCUUUCCAUUAACACGGCCAGACUGGUCAUGCAGAACGGUCAAAAAUCGUUGAAUGGAAAACAAAACAUUUGGGUUUCGGACCUAUCCGAUCGGAAAAUUUUAGAUAACAUUAGAAUGAGGUCCAUUUUCGCUAGAUAUUUGAGAAACAUAGACCAGAUGUUUCCAUUGAUACAGAGAAAAGAAUUCGGGUCUGACCAAUCAGGCCAUUAUUCAUUAAAUGGAAGCGCCCCAUGACUCUAAGAAAUGGGCCCCUAAAUGAUUUCUAAAUAUACAAGCCCAGAGAUACGAGUUUGUAUCCUGGCUUGAGAUUUUCCGUUUCUCAAAAGUGUUUGAAUUUAAUACAGAUACGAAAGUUCUACAAUAAGCUGAAAUGAUUCGGACAGCAACCACAGCAGCGACAAAUAUUUGCUGCCUUGUUUCUCGAGGCUAUCGCUUUCCAGAAAGUUUGCAUUGUAUAUUAUGCGUGUGUAAACAUUUUCAGAAAUGAUAUACAGCUCACACAAUUUGCGAUAUGCAAAAGCACAUAGGCUAGCAGAUGUCCCGCGUUUCCAGACAAUUUUAAUACCUACAAUGAAAUUAAAGUGUUUGAUUUUGUCUAUUGUAAAUUAAUUGAUUGAAGCGUUCUCUUUUCUGUGGUGAUGAAAAUUUAGAUCUAUUGUGAAUGGAUGCAAAGGUCUAAUUAUUCUGCAUGAUAACAGCUUGCCGCGGUAAUGCCACUAAUGGCGGACACCUCUGGGCGGACACUAAGCGAAACCAUAUCAUGGGAGCUGGCUUGCCAGCAAAACACAUUUCUACUUCUUGAGUCAAUUUGUGGUUACUUGAGUGUGGGGCAGUUGAACAAUGGCAAAUGACCAGCCUGCUUUGCGCGCACUGUUUGCCUGCGAAUCGGGCCUUUCAGAACCGGAAAUCGGGCUGGAGCACGCGUUCGUUCUUUUGAUUUGGCAAAAGAAGCACGACAAAUGGCAAAAUUCGCACGGUGCUCGUUUGCAAAAGCAACUGCAAACUGCUCCAAUUCUUUCUGUCACAUUCAUUUGAUCUCAUCCGUGAGUCGGCCUCAACGGCCUUUGAUUAUCGGUGUCGGAUGUUGGGAUCCGUGGUAACCGCGUUACCUGCAAAUGUCUGGGACUAACUCCAUUCAAACCUGAGUCAGAAGGCCUUCCAUGUAGUAUAGUACAAAAUUUCAAUAUUUAUACCAGUAUUGUUUUGCAAUAUUUACCGACUAGAUUUAGGAGGCGUCGCAUUUCUAACAUUCUAUUUCAGUUAAACUCUGUGUGAUUUGAAUAUUUUCCCAUUCUGUGGUCAAGUUAUAUAUUAGUCAAGCUCUGAGUUAGGUUUCCUAUUGCCAAAAUUGACUUUCUCAGGCCCAAUGCUCAAAAACUUUCGUGGCCCGGUCCCACAUCGCAACUCACAAGUGGCCCGGUCCCCCAUCGCAACUCACAAGCGGCGUGAUCUCAAACCUGCUCCAGCAGUCCAGCUGCUGACAAGGCUAACUGUAAAUUAUUUUUGGUUACCUGCAAAUGUACAGGCAUGGUCGUUGCUGCAAGUUUCAGUCCUCAAAUUUAAAAGCCCAUACAGAUCGGACGCGAUUCGGCAACGCGACGCGACUUUUCAUAUAUUCGGAACCACUUAAGCAAUUUUAGCUAUUUGGUCUGCAUAUCUUGUAAAUUUUUUAUCCGUUGAUGGUUUUAUUUGGUUUUAAAAAGUGAAAAUUCGCGUCGCGUUGUCGAAUCACAAUCCUGGCAAAAAUUAUCGUGGACACCGCGUGCGUCAAACAAAAAUAGAUGUUUUUCUACAGAAUUAAUCCCCCAGAAAAUUUCUUCCCCUCCUACCCCCCAAUUCAAUGUUGGUAAAUGAAACUUUUAAGAUUUAAAUGCGAGAAACAACAUUGAAUAGGGGCAGGUGGCAACAAAUUUCAUGAAAAACGUCUCAAUGUUAAUAUUGGCGUUAGAAAAGUUAGGUGUCCACAUAAUUUUUGCCAGGUUGUAGCUUGCGUGCUUCUUUAAAAGAUAUACCACGUUAGGUACUUAUAUCAGCUUUUUCAAAGAAUUUAAGAUAAUAUUGGAGGGGUGGUCCACCUUCGCCCCCGUCCGCCGCCGUCCCAGUGGGGAUACAACCUGAAACCUCUGGUGAGCCCCGGAAUUUGAAUAACAAACGAGAUGUUAAACAAUUCUGAAAAGGAAACGGCUAAAUACUUGCUAACGACUUUAUCACUUCGUGAAGAAUCUUUUGCCAAACGGUGAAUUGAAAUAAUGAAAUGUGUGAACAUGGGAAUAUUUAGAAAAUCGUUAACAGUCCCAGCUUUUCUUGUCUAUAUGCGGGAUCUAGGCUUUAAGCCAAGAUCCUGAAAGAGGGCGUCCAUGCAAUUUUGGUAUAAUGACACAUCUACAGUAAAGGGAGUUAGAGAAAACGUUCCUCUGGAAAACCUUUGAAGUUUGGGUCUGAGACUCUUCAAUACUAAAGUUCAUUCGAGUUUUUGACCCCUGACGUUGCCGACCUCCAACCAACUGAGCUACAGAGUCCAGUUGUUGAGCUCUAACCAACUGAGCUACAGAGUCCAGUUGUUGAGCUCUAACUAACUGAACUACAUAGUCCAGUUGUCGACCUCUAACCAACUGAGCUACAGAGGCCAGUUGUCGAGCUCUAACCAACUGAGCUACAGAGUCCAGUUGUCGAGCUCUAACCAACUGAGCUGCAGAGUCCAGUUGUCGAGCUCUAACCAACUGAGCUACAGAGUCCAGUUGUUGAGCUCUAACCAACUGAGCUACAGAGUCCAGUUGUUGAGCUCUAACCAACUGAGCUACAGAGUCCAGUUGUUGAGCUCUAACCAUGCAACUGAGCUACUGAGUCCAGUUGUUGAGCUCUAACCAACUGAGCUACAGAGUCCAGUUGUUGAGCUCUAACCAACUGAGCUACAUAGUCCAGUUGUUGAGCUCUAACCAACUGAGUUACAGAGUCCAGUUGUUGAACUCUAACCAACUGAGCUACAUAGUCCUGUUGUCGAACUCUAACCAACUGAGCUACAGAGUCCAGUUGUUGAGCUCUAACCAACUGAGCUACAGAGUCCAGUUGUUGAGCUCUAACCAACUGAGCUACAGAGUCCAGUUGUCGAGCUCUAACCAACUGAGCUACAGAGAGACAGUUGUUGAGCUCUAACCAACUGAGUUACAGAGUCCAGUUGUUGAACUCUAACCAACUGAGCUACAGAGUCCAGUUGUCGAGCUCUAACCAACUGAGCUACAUAGUCCAGUUGUUGAGCUCUAACCAACUGAGUUACAGAGUCCAGUUGUUGAACUCUAACCAACUGAGCUACAUAGUCCAGUUGUUGAGCUCUAACCAACUGAGUUACAGAGUGCAGUUGUUGAACUCUAACCAACUGAGCUACAGAGUCCAGUUGUCGAGCUUUAACCAACUGAGCUACAGAGAGACAGUUGUCGAGCUCUAACCAACUGAGUUACAGAGUCCAGUUGUUGAACUCUAACCAACUGAGUUACAGAGUCCAGUUGUUGAACUCUAACCAACUGAGCUACAGAGUCCAGUUGUCGAGCUCUAACCAACUGAGCUACAGAGAGACAGUUGUCGAGCUCUAACCAACUGAGUUACAGAGUCCAGUUGUUGAACUCUAACCAACUGAGCUACAGAGUCCUGUUGUCGAGCUCUAACCAACUGAGCUUCAGAGUCCAGUUGUCGAGCUGUAACCAGAGCUUCAGAGUCCAGUUGUCGAGCUCUAACCACACGUUCAUGUAUAUAUUCUAGAUCACAAAAUUUGUUGACAAGGUCUGAGAUCUUUAUGUUUAAAAAAUAUGGAUUUUACAAAUUUAAUUUCUUUCCGCUUAGGAUUCAAAAGUUAAAGACUUGAUAAAAUCCAAAUUAGCCUCACCAGAAAACUUGGAAGACCACUGUAUUACCGUUCUUUAUGGACCAAAUUUUGUCGAGACGAAUGCCAUCAAUUUCGUAGCAUUGGAUGUUAAAGAUGCAAAAUUAUGGUUCGACUGUCUCAUGUCAUUUUGUCAGCAUGUGCUACCUGCAAAUGCAAGUCCACUCAAUUUUCUUGAGAAACAGUAAGUUGAGAUGGUGUUAUAUUGUUUCGUGUCAAUGCCUACUCAAUGGACCCCUUGCAUGAUGACGUCAUACAAUCACAGCUGCCAGAAUUAAAACGCGUACAAAGUAAUAAACUUUGAAAAAGCGAUAAAAUAACAUGAAUAUAAUGUUGAUUCCAGCAUGUUCAUUUCAAAAUGUUGAUUUCAAUCGUGCACCGUUUUGGAAUAAACAGAAAUUUUAUUGAUGCCUAAAAUCUGUUUUGAAACCAAAUAUUUACAAUGAAACCACAAGAAAUAUAUAAAAAAAUAUUUUAUGUUGUACAUGCCAAGUUUCAUCUGAAAUAUGUAGAAUUUAUAUGAUGAACAAACCGAAUUCACUUUUUCACUUCCAAUUUGAAGGACUAAGUUUGUCCUCUGAGACGGUUAGCCUAUCCUAAAUUAACGAAAUACUUCAAACCCAACGACUUGUUUAUAAUCACUUGGAGAUAUUUUUUCAGAAAUGUUGUGUAGAUCAGUAGAAGUAUUAGGUAUUUUCUAAAGUUUUGAAACGGAUUUGUAGGUGUGCCCAAAUCAAAACAUAAUAAUAUAUACAGUACAAUGAGGACAGUAUCUUGUUUUUAGCUACACAAAACUGAUGGUUCAAGCCAAUCCUGAUGAGGCCAUCCCAGUUAAACUGUAAGUUUCAACUUUGACCAUUUAUUUCACCUACCUACACUGUAAAUUGCAAGGAGUUGAAUGAAACUCUAAAAGUGUUAUUCUAUCACCAAAUAGUGUUAUUCCCUCCCUAUGGACGAGGUCAGUAAAAUUUUAACCCCUAAGAAAAAAAGAUCAAAGUACCGGUACAAAACAUUCCUCAGAAAUUUGUAAAUUUCCCCCUUACCCCUCAGAAAUAUCGCAGAGAUCAAAGGAUGCCGACAGGAUUAACCCCUCGGAAACGACUAUGGGUCACCUUUCAGAAACCGUCACCCAGAAAAAAUUAUCCAUGGAGGGGUAGGGGGUGAAGUUGAUUCAUCCUUGAAAUUUACAGUGUUUUGCUGAACUUACAAUGUAUUUUGUCUAUAUAAACAUCUAUUUCCAGCAAUGUAUUUUGUCUAUAUAAACAUCUUUCUGGGCUAGGCGGGACGAACAGGUCCCGUGCCGGGAGCAUAUAAACAGAUAUUUAACCAGACCUGUGUUGUGCGAAACUCAUUGCAGAGUUAAGCACGGUUCGUGCAGAGGUAGUGCAUGUUCUUGAAUGUAGGCUAACUUGUGAGUAAUAUGCACGAGCAACCGGACUCUGUAGGUCAAAGCGCUACACCGGAAUCGUAUGUUCGAUUCUUGUUGGAGGGCCUAUUUUUGUAGCUGCUCUCGGUCACGUCUACAAAAUGUAUAUAAUUUUCGCACGAAAUUUUUAUCUGCUGAAACUUUUCAACAUAAGUGAUCUGACGUUGUAGAGAACUCACGUGAGUAUAAAUCUUGGGCUAAGUCUUUCCUGUGUUCUCAAUAGACAACUUGCAUGUUAGACUAAUUUUUAAUCUAGGCAAAAAAAAGUAAAUUCCCGUAAAAAUUCAUUAAAAUUAUAGUAAAAUUGCAAAAUUUGGUUACGAAAUGUUGUAAAAUACGGAAAAUAUAGCCUUGCGAAGUUUGCUUAUUUUGUAUAUGUUUGUAUUACGUGCGGAAAUUGUUACCAUUUUUGAGCCGAAAAUGGUAACAAUUUCCGCACGUAAUACAAAUAUACACAAAAUUUGGAAGCCUUGCAAGGCUAUAUAUUUUCCACUGAAGCUUUACAACAUUUCGCAACCAAAUUUUGCAAUCUUACUAAUUUUAUUAUGUUCGUUUUAGCUGUGGUGUUUGAUUCCCUUCUCUUUACUUAGAUUAAAGUUUAGCCUAACAUGCAAGUUGUCCGCUGACCGAGUUCUCGUCCACUCGUUCACAUCCGUCAGAAGAAGUGUAAACGGGACUCGAUGUGCAUAUGACAUGAAAUUUCUUAUUGAAAGAACUCUUAAAUGAAAGAACUCUUAAAUGAAAGAACUAUUUAAAGCCGCGUUUACACUACAAGCCUAAGCCUGGCCUGGGCCUACCUUUGGACUAGAUUUUUGUAGUGUAAACGCACUUCAGCCUGGCCUAGGCCAGGAAAUCUGGGCCACCUGUUCUGAUGGACCCAGAUUUCCUGACCUAGCCCAGGUCGAAGUGCGUUUACACUACAAAAAUCUAGUCCAAAGGUAAGCCUUAAGUUGUAGUGUAACUUAUUUUUCAGUUUCUUGUUUUUAUGGUUUGUUCCCGAGAUAUUUCAAUUUGUUUGAUAUGUAAAUGAGUGUGAAUAUGUCCGCUAAUUUAUGACGUCACGUUGGUUGCAAGCUCAACUUACACUGGUUAUAAAUCUAUUAACUCUAAAAACUGUAGAUAUCUGCUCACGUUUUUCUACAGUGUUUCAUCACAUUUACAGGGCUCGAAAUAACGUUUCCAACGUUCCCGAUCACGGCGAUCGGCCAUCACGACUUUUUGCUGGUCAAAUAAAAAUUUGGCCGAUCAGGAGCAUUUGCCCUCAUUUCCUAAAUAUGCCAUUAAAUACACAUCUGCAUGAACAGGAAGUUUAACUUCAUUUCAAAUUCGAGUUUAAAUAUUAAUUAAAUCUAUGAUAUUUGUGGACUUAUAUAUACAAUACUGACAAUACCAAUAGUGUAACUACAUUUAACAUGUAUUUCAGUAAUAAAUUUUAGUUCAAUUAGUUUUAAUUAUGGUAUUGUAUUUUUUCACACAAAAGCAAGAAACACAGCAGCAUUAUCAAUUAAGAACUAAAACUUAUUAUUUAAUAUUAAAAGCGAAAAACCUACUAAAAAUAAAAAAUACUACUCAAAAAAUCCUAUCAAUUUGAAAUUAUUAUGACAAAGACGUUCGUCGUCGUGGUUCGGAUUGCAGACUGUUGAAGAGACGACAGUACUUCAUAGCAUUGCAGGCCUGUCGGAUGACUCGUGUCAACUAAACAAGAGUUUUUCGCAUGUUUUUGAAUGUGUUUCAUAUUUUUUAUUUGUCUUUUACCGCGUACAGGUAAGCAUGUUCUUCGGACAAUGGUCAAAUAUAUUUCUUGCCGAUCAAGAUGAACGGCAACGUUGCUUCUUCGCCGAUCAAAAACAAUUUCCUGCCGAUCAUUGAUCGUUGAUCGGCCGUUAUUUCGAGCCCUGCAUUUACCAGUGAGUGAAGUUUGAAAUUAUCAUCUUGGAUGAUAGCAGUGAUAUUCUACCAUUUUUAAGAGCUUGCAACCAACAUGACGUCAUAAAUUAGCGGACAUAUUCACACUCAUUUACAUAUCAAACAAAUUGAAAUAUCUCGGGAACAAACCAUAAAAACAAGAAACUGAAAAAUAGGUUACACUACAACUUAAAGAGUUCUUUCAUUUAAGAAAAUAAGAAAUUUCAUGUCAUAUGCACUUUAAAGAUUUACACUGAAUAGUGACAUUCUAUAUAAUUUCUUUCCUUUCCUUAUCGUUAGCAUUACAAAAUAUCUCGCCAGCAACAAGGAUGAUAAAAAGAAGGUCUACGAUACAUUGCAAUCUCUGGGAUUGCCAAGUAAAAAGGUGAGCGCUUUGUAUAAAUAAGUGGUUCCACCAAAAUUAGCAAGAGAAAGUACUUUUUUAUCAAAGGGCUUCAAUGGAAAACUUGCAUGUUAGACUAAAUUUUAAUCUAAGUAAAGCGAAGGGAAUCAAACGCAACAGCUAAAAAGAACAUAAUGAAAUUAGUAAAAUUGCAAAAUUUGGUUGCGAAAUGUUGCAUGUAAAAUACAGAAAAUAUAGCUUUGCUGAAGUUUGCAUAUUUUCAGUAUAUUUGUAUUACGGUAUGGUAACAAUUUCCGCACGUAAUACAAACACACUGAAAAUAUGCAAACUUCGCAAGGCUAUAUUUUCUGUAUUUUACAACAUUUCGUACUCCAAAUUUUACUUAUUUUAAUAAGUUCUUUACGGGAAUUUACUUUUUUUUGCCUAAAUAAAAAAUUAGUCUAACAUGCAAGUUGUUUAUUCUAAAGAUUUAAACCUGGAUAGUUCUAAGUAUUUUACAUCCACUAACAGUAAAAACGUCCUGGGUAACAGCUUGAUAUUCAAAAUAUUGCACAAGUUUGAACGUGCCGAAAAGAACUUCGCACUUUCACUCCUGAAAAAAUAACUUUAAAACUGCUCUACGUUCUGGAAAUAUGUUUUGUAUUACAUGCCAAGUAUUGUUGAAAGUUUUUAGCUUUUUUCCUUCUGAAAUACAGCUUUUUAGUACUGAAAAACAGAUGCCUUUUAGGCGGUGUAUUUUCCACUCCAUAUACUCAAACAUGGCGGCCAAGUUAUUGUUCCAAUCCUUUUAGAGUUACUGUGUCACCAUCACAUAUCCUGUGCGGUGCUGUUGCCAAAAGAGAUCACGCGAAGUCGCACCAAGCAAAGAAGUUUUGGAGUGUUUUACUUUGUUUUAAUACGGCUCUGUAUUUUUCUUUCAGGAGGAUGCUAUCAAAAUUUCCGACUUUACUUUAGAUACAUUUUUACUAUUCAUGAGCAGAAUAUGCAAUAGACAAGAUAUCGAUAAAAUAUUCACAGAAAUGUAAGUCUAUUUUUUUAUAAAAUAGUUAAAUAAUUUAUAUGUAGUUGUUGAGUUCUUUUGUUCUGAGGAAGAAACCUAAACUAAAGAAACUUUAUUUAUAGUGGAAAGCUCUAUCUACCUUACUAGAUUGUCCAAAGGAGGGGAGAAGGGUCCAAAUUACCUGAUUUUUUAAAAUUGCGUUUUGCAUUACCUAAAAACAGUGUUUGAAAUUUUUGCGGGAGUACAUUCAAGUAGCAGUUCGUUCAUCUUAUUCAUGUUUGUUUUGUAUUAUAUUUUUCAGAGGUGCAAAGAAGAAGCCAUAUUUAACUGUGGCUCAGUUUGUUGAAUUUCUCAACAAGUAUCAACGAGAUCCUCGACUCAAUGAAAUUCUCUUUCCUUACUACGACACAGAACGCGCUAUGAGCUUUAUUAAUACGUACGAACCCAAUAAACAAUUUGCAGAAAAAGGUACCGAGCGGAUUUUUUUAUAGAUUUGUAUGGAUUUUGUAUACAUACUGUAUGUCACCUGGUGACCAGGUUCCAGGAUUUAUAUUCUCCAUUCUGUGACCAGGAUUUAUAUUCUCCAUUCUGUCUCACUCAACUUCUCUGAAAUAUUUUGUCGGCCCCUCCUCAUUACGUAUUCACACAAUCUCUUCUUUGCUUUCCUCGCCUUCUCUGCAAUGUCUCGUCUUCGUCUCAUCUCUUCAUUCCAUGAUGUCUCCGACCAGCUCUCCUUCAUCUCUUCUUAUUACGUGUCCACACUAUCUCAAUCUUGCUUUCCUCGCCCUCUCUGCAAUGUCCACCACCUCACAUCAUCUUCUCAUCUCUUCAUUCCUUAAUAUCUUUGACCAGCUCUCCUUCAUCUCUUCUUAUUACGUGUCCACACCAUCUCAAACUUACUUCUCUCGCCUUUUCUGCAAUGCCUACCACGCCACAUCUUCUCAUCUCUUCAUUCCAUAAUGUCUCUGACCAGCUCUCCUUCAUCUCUUAUUAUGUGUCCACACCGUUGCUGCGUUACUUCUCUCACCUUAUCCGCAUUGUCUAUCACCCUACAUCUCCUUUUGACCUCUUCCUUCCAUAUCUUUGCCCGACUCCCUUCAUCUCUUAUUACGUGUCCAUACCAUCUCAACCUUGCUUCAUUCACCUUCUCUGCAAUACCAACCACACCACAUUUUCUUCUGACCUCUUCAUUCCAUACUGCCUCUGACCAGCUCUCCUUCAUCUCUUCUUAUUACGUGUCCAUACCAUACUCACCUUUGCAAUAUCUACUACUGCACGUCUGUUCAUCUCUUAUUGCGUGUGCCCUUUUAUUAUCCCAGCCUUGUUUUCCUCGCCUUCUUGGCAAUAUCUGCCACCCCACAUCUUCUGUUCUCUUCAUUCCAUAAUGUCCGUGACCAGCUCUCCUUCAUCUCUUCUCAUUACGUAUUCACACAUUCUCCGCUUGCUCCCUCAUCUUACCUGCAACGUCUUCCACCCCACAUCUUCGUCUAUGCACUUCAUUCCUCAUGUUGUCUUGAUGUAUUUAAUUUUUAGGCCAUCUAUCAGUCCAAGGAUUUACUCGAUAUUUAAUGAGCGAACACAACACUGUGAUCAAUAAUGAUCGUCUGGCUUUACAUCAAGAUAUGAACGCUCCACUUUCGCAUUAUUUUAUCAACUCCUCGCACAACACCUAUCUCACAGGUUUGAAAAAUUCUUUGACUUUAAACUGAAUUUAAAUUUGUCUUAUUGCUAAGGUCUCGUUGCUUACAUGACAACAUCAAUUCAGAGCUGUAAAAUGAUUAUAACUACACUGGAUGGAUGUAUACAUUGUAUACAUAAUCGGGGUGCGACAAUUGGCCAAGGGUGGGUUGACUACAAAUUUUUUGUAGUUCGCUAUAACUACAGCUACUUCAAAAAUAUGUAGUCAGCUACAACUACUGCUACUUUUAAACAAAGGUAGUUCGCUACUGACUACAGCUACUGUUUAAAAAAAUGUAGCGAACUAUUUCGCUACGCUAUAUUUUUUAGUUUUACUGUAUUUGGAGCAUCUACUAACUCAGGCUGAAAUGUAACUUAUAACAAAUCGACUUACGAGUAGCAACAGUAAACACAAAGCAACAUUUUUGUAAGCACUACAGUGUUCAAGAGUGCAAAUUGACUAUUGAAUAUUGAUUUUAAGCAAACCGUGUCUCAGUAUCAUGCUAUUCUAUCAAGUUGCUAACAAUUUUGUAAAGUAGCGAAUAGCGAUUUGCUGUUUGAAAAGUAGUCAACUACUUGGCUACUUUUAGGCAAAAUGUAGUUCGCUAUAACUACAGCUACUGUUUUAAUAAAGUAGUCAAAAACUACUGGCUACUUGAAAAUUGUAGUUCGCUACAGUAGCGAACUACAACUACUUCGCUACUACCCACCCUUGCAAUUGGCAUACUUGCCUACCAGAAGUACGCCAAUAUUACCGUCUGGCACUGCUUGGUUUAGAUAGCUACACUGUACUCUCGCUAUCUGCGUACUUGUAUUUUGCUAUUCCAAACAGUAAUUAAGUAGGUAUAUAUGUGUCUGACACAUGAUUGGACUGAUGAGAUUAAUGUUGGAGUGAACUGUAUGUAUGUGUUUCUUGAUGCAAUUGUCUCUUUCUUUUCUAACUCAUAUGUUCACGUUUCUGAUUGAAUAACUUUUAGAAAACUGUGCUCGAUGUACUUUAUAGUAAAGACUAAGUACAACUUGAGUAAUCAUUUUGAGUGCCAGUUAGGUACAACUAAAAAUAUUGAUGUAUUGGACCAUGCUAUCUUGUGUAGGAUUUAUUGUACAAAAAAGAACAAUUUUCAAAUCUGAUGUUGUACAAGGCUAUUAAACGCCCGUGUUAUAAAUCAUCUGUUAUCGCCUCUUCCUACACCGGCACCAACCCUUCAAGUUUUUUUCUUAGUCAUUUUUUGUUCCCCACAGGCCAUCAGCUAACAGGCAAGUCGUCAGUAGAAAUCUAUCGUCAAGCUUUGAUGUCAGGAUGUAGAUGUGUUGAACUAGAUUGCUGGGAUGGAAAAUCUGAAGACCAAGAGCCGUGUAUUACUCAUGGUCUUACUUGGUGUACUGAAGUCUCGUUUAAGGUACGCCAUUGCUGAUUGGCUCAUUUGAAAUAAUCUGUCUCAUUUAAAAUAGGCUGUCAGCGAUUGGUCUGUACGAAAUUGCAUUUCAUAUAACGCAAAUGGCAAUUGGAAGAUAUGUUACUUAAACAUUCCAUGCACGAAAAUGUGAAAGAUAUCUUUAUCGUAAAAAACCUCAUUUUGAUCACCCUUUCCACUGUCAAAGUUUCUGUAUAUAUGAUGUUACCAGAUGAAUUGCUAACUAGUUCGCCCUUUCAUGUAUAUGCUUCUUAAAUUCACCUAGUGACAUCAUAUUCGGCAAUGUAGACAGUUUAAACGUUGAUCAAGAUAAGCUUUAUUAGUAUAAAGAUAUUUUAUUAGUACAUCGCAUUUCUCUUCUCAGAAUGACCCAAAUAUUAUGACCCCUUUCAGGGGCACGAAUAUACUACUGCUUCAAAAUUAAUAAAGUUUUUCCUCAUUUUGCUUUUCUAUUGGAUAGGAUGUCGUUGAAGCUAUAGCGGAGUCAGCAUUCAAAACGUCAGAUUAUCCCGUUAUAUUGUCAUUUGAAAAUCAUUGCAGGUGUGUUUUGAUAUAGUUAUAAGGUUUUCUUUUGUGGUAAUAUUAGACCAAUAAGGGAUGAUUCUUACUGGACCUCGAAACGGAGAACAGUUUAGAGUUGAUAUAUCCAGUGUAAAUAAAGUUAGUUUAGUUAGGUUUUCUUUCUUUUGUGGUAACAUUAGACCAAUAAGGGAUGACUCGCACUGGACCUCGAAAGGGAGAACAGUUUAUGAUAGAGCUAUAAAAAGUCAGUUCAGUUAAGGUUAUCUUUUGUAGUAACACUGAGCCAAUAAGAUAUUACUCUUACACUAAACCUCUAUGGAGACAAACUAAUUAUAAAAUAGCUACCAGUUACUUUUAAUUUCUAUCUCGAACUCGUAUUAAUGAAGUAAAAUACUUUUUAGUCGUUUACAACAGCGGAAGAUGGCUCAAUACUGUGUCUCAAUCUUUGGUGAUAUGCUGUUAGAUAAACCAAUAGACGAUUUCCCGGUAAGCUCUGAUGACUAUAAAUGCAUUUUCUUACAGUAUAAAGUUUUCAGGAAGUAAUGCUUUAAUGCCUUGCUUUAUAGAUAGACGACGGCAAACCACUACCAAGUCCUAAAGCUUUAAUGAGAAAAAUCAUUAUAAAGAAUAAGAAAAAACUGCCAAAAGGUUAGACAUCUUUCUGUUAAACUUUAUGUGACAGUCUUACGAUGCAUUACGACUUUAUAUCUAUAACAGAACCAUCCUCAGAAAUACGAAAAACCAGUUUCAUAUUAUUCUGACACUGCAAUCGAGCAACGAAAAAUUCGUUGGCUCGAGCGGGAUUUGAACUCGCAUCUUCGGGUAUCUAGACCGUCGCUCCACCUUUUGAGCUAUCGAGUCAACGGGGAUUGGUAGCGAGGCUUAUCCAAUUUAACUGCACGAAAUAUUUUUGUGACGACUUAACGCUUGUCUUUGAGGACGCGCAGUGUUUCAAUUCUAUUUCAGAACCAUCCUCAGAGAUACGAAAAACCAGUUGCAUAUUAUUGACACUGCAAUCGAUUGGCUCGAGCGGAUCUAUAAGACUGAAUUGAUCGAAUUAUACAGCGCGUCUGGGAAAAAUUGCAUUAUAGAUAUAUUCCAGAUUUUACAGAGCUAAUUAUUAGUUGCCAUCGAAAAUUUACUAUAAGAGAUGAAUUUUGAUACUUCAAUUAUUAACAUUGGUCUAGUAGAACCAAAAAGAAAUGUAGUUCAUCCAAUGCACCAUUGAAAUCAUGCAUCAUUUGUGUUGAGUAUCAACAGGUUUUAUGACCCUUACUUUAGACAGCCACAACAUUAGAUCUGCUAGACCAAUUUUAACAUCAUUUGUUAGAUUAAAUUUUCGAUGCCCACUGAUAGCUAGCUUGUAUAAAAAUCUGCAACAUUGCUAUUGCAUUUUCACUAAAAAUGCAAAUGUUCCCCCCACCUCGUACGCUUAUGUACUUGUUUCAUUUCUUCCAGCGGCCAAUCCAGAGAGCAGUGCAAGUCAGGAGGGCCCUGUGGCAAACGGAACUGAAGCGACGUCACCGGAUGUGACGGAUGGUGACACACCACAAAUUGAGGUGGCCACUGAUGAGCUUAGUGAGAGCGUCAAAAGCGAGGGUGGGGAAAGUCUUAAAGAUAUUUUGGACAAGAACAAGGAGAAAAAAGAGGUGGGUACUGGGGUGUGUAGGGUGGGGGCACCUCCCUAGCAAUAGCCUCUUUGCAGGUAUUAAAAAUAGUUGAGAACGUAAAGCCUGGUUUCUAUACGGUCGUAAUGGUGGUAAAAAAUAGAGUCACGAUCUUUCUCAAAGGUCAGUUUAUAAUAGUUCGUACCUGUAAACCACAUAUAAAUCUUAAGUAUUCUCUAGUUCUAAUCACUCUGCGUAUUUUCAGUUCUAAAAUGUUGUAUUUCCGCUGAUGAGAAAGAUCGUGACUCAAUAUUUACGACCUUUACGACCAUAUGGAAACCAGACUUAAGUGACUGGAGAGCAUCAUCGUUGUCAGAUGUUAGGAUCCGAGCCACCAUCACCUGUCACAGACGUGAAAACCGGAAAAACUAUGCACUAUGAGUCGAUUGUGAACGCAACAAAGCUCAUGGUGUGGUGAUUUAUCAACGAAUCGACUGGCAAAACACACAAAAAACUACAAUGACCAGUCGAGGCUAACCAAUUAUAAUUUUUUCUAUAAUUAUGUAAUUCAUUUUUUCACACAUCACCAUGUGUGCUUGACUCUACGUAUUUUAUCUUUCAAGGUUGAUCAGCCAGAAGAAGAAGUGGAGUCUGAAAAUGUUCUGUCAGAUUUAGUGAACUACAUUCAACCUGUUCACUUCAAAAGUUUUGAGUACGCUGAAAGUAAGAGUAUUAAUAGAUGCAUAAUGACGUCACCAUGCUUGAUGCCCGCGAGGAAUGGUGGUCUUAGUUGUCACCGCCCGGGAGAAUUUGAUGGUGGCCAUUUUGAAUUGUUUAAUUUUUCCGGGCGAUGACUAUUAAGACCAGCAUUCCUCGUGGGCAUCAAGCCUUGUGUCGUCAUUAUGCAUAAUGUCCAUUUGAUUUAUAUAUCGAUCGUAUAAUAACCUUCGAUGUUUGGCACAACAAUACCUUUCAAUAAUCAAUGAAACUUCUUACAUUAAUGCACCUUCUUUUCUUUUUAGCGAGAGAUAAAUCAUAUGAAAUGACUUCGUUUGUUGAGACAGGCGCAACAACGUUACUAAAACAGGAACCUGUUGAAUUUGUCAAGUAUCCUUUACGACCUUGUUUGCGCUUCGACUGCCUGAAAAAAGAUAUAAAACUCUUCUAAAAACGUUUGAACCUAUAUCUGCAUGUAGUUGUUAUAUGCUUUACAACCAAUUACAAGGCGAACGUACGCUUAUAUCUCGCACUGACAUUACAGUAAGUUAUUGUAGCAACUCUUGGGGCAUUGAAGCCACUUUAACACAUACGGUUCCGUUACCUAUAUCCAUCUAAACAUGAAAACAUCACGGAUCACUUUUACAAAAUUUCAACAAGCUAUAUUUUACAAACUUUUUACAAAAGGAGGAUUUGUAAGUAUAGGAACGCUAUAUUUUAUGAACCUAUAUACGUCUUGCCGUGUUUUUCCAUUUUUGUCCGAGGUAACCAUUUUUGUCCGAGGUUUCCGCUUUUGUCCAUUGUCGUAUCUUUCGUUUUAGCGAGAUGUAUUCUUUGAAUGUAUUUUCUUUGACAAUAUAUUUUAGCUACAAUAAGCGACAACUAAGUCGUAUUUAUCCCAAGGGAACCCGCGUUGGAUCAGAGAAUUACAUGCCACAGGUAUACAGAAUGUCUAAAAAAAAGGAGACUUUUAGAAAGUCACGUUAUUGUUAUAAUUUGAAUGUUUUGGUAUUAUGUUGAACCUACAGACUGACACGUAAAACAGAAUAUAGAAGUGAAUUUUAUGCAUGACGAAGUUGUUUAAAAGUUUAAUUUGGUUUUGUCCAACGUAUGAAUUAUAUGUGCUGAUUAAUAUAACGCAACAUGUGAUUAGUUGAACCAUUUUUAUUCGAACUGAUGAUAUGACUAAUUAGUACAGGUAAUCAUGCGAUGGCGAGUACAAUUAGGGAUUAAUAGUACGAGUGAUGUUUGGAAAUUUUGCCAAAAUUGGACGAGCCGCCGGGGCGAGUCCAAUUUGGCAAAUUUCCAAACAUCACGAGUACUAUUAAUCCCUAAUUGUACGAACAACAUCGCAUGAUUACUUGUUUAUUAUUAGCAUAACAAAAUUGGAUACGUACCGCUUCUCAAUGUCAACAUCAUAUUCUUUCGCCAAAGCCCAGUCCUGCCAGACUUUCAACCAAAAUUUGGUGCUUUUGUUUGUAUUUUCAUUUAGUUCUUUUGUUCAAGCAAAAUUUGGUGCUUUUGUUCGUAUUUUCAUCUAGUUCCUCCACGGCAAUUUCAUUUCAGAUAUGUGUUUAAAAUAACUUUCCGCCAUUUUGUUUGUUUUGGGAAAAUCAUUAAUUGUACUGCAGUACAAUUAAUGAAAUAAUUGUACUCCUCUCAACCAAUCAGCAUCCAGUAAUUUUGUCAUGCUAAUAAUAAGUACAGUAAUUUAACAUGAUUAAUUUAUGUAUACUCCUUCAUACGAUUAGAAGCUAUUGUAAAUUGCCAUGCACGAGCAUAAAAUCUUGUGCUUGAAAACAGUAGCUUGAUUUCUAUAGGUCUCGUUUUUUUAUACACCCUGUAUUAUGUUUCUGGACUCACUAUAAUGUAAAAUAUUAAUGAUUUAAUAUUCAGGUAUUUUGGAAUGCUGGGUGUCAGCUGGUCGCUCUGAACUUUCAAACAUUAGGUGAGGUUCGAAUUUGGAAAUCGGGGAGUAACCCCGUUAAAGGUUUUGGUUUAUAUAACAGUCUCUCUAACCUGCAACGCAAUUUAUAAACUUUUUUGUCAUGUUGUAAGUUAUGCAUGGUUACUCGAUGAAACAACCAUUCAUCAAUAAUUUGUAACAUUUUCUAAUAUCGGUAAAUAUCAUUCUAUAGAUGUCCCGAUGAUGUUAAAUCUUGGAAAAUUUGAAUACAAUGGAAAGUGUGGGUUAGUACCUGUGUGGUUUUCUUAUUGUUGUUUAGUAAAGUUGUUAGAACUGUGGUUACCAGAUCAGGGCGUUGCCCAAAAGUAUAAAUAGCAACAUGCAUAAACAUCACUGAUCUGAAAUAACAACCCUCGAAAUUCAACUAUUUUUGCCUCGGCAAAUAAUUGCCGAGGUCUUUCGAUAAUUUUCGAGUUUGCCUCGGCAAUUUUUUUUGCCGAGGUACGCAGUGAAAUCACCUUAAAUUCCUUCGGCAAUUACUUCGGCACCCUUCGGCAUUCACGUCGGCAUUUGUAAUUAAACUAGCCUACAUACGGAAUUUAUUGUAAACAUAUAUUAUAACGAGAAUAGAUUCUAACGUUUUACAAUUUGUUGUUAUUUUACAAAUUCCCGAUUCAAAAUGUUUUUAUGAAAGAAUAAACUUGACGGUAAUCACGCGACAGUCCAAAAGAUAAAACAAAGUUUCUCGACGUGCCGUCUUUAAACCAUCAAGUAUUCAAGAUUAUUCUUUAUUUCAGCCGAAGCAGACGCUGAAAAGCUCAAAUUUUGAAUAUUUUGUAAAGUAGUUUUUUUUAUGAAUGAAAUCUUCUGUUGUUCACCCGACGUCGAUGACAACAAUUCGAACAAAGAAGUGAUACAAAAAACGAACACUAGGUACAACGGGUGGAAUUGCCUCGGCAUUUUUUUGCCGAGGCAAACAAUGAAAAAUCGUAACUUGCCUCGGCAUUUGCGUCGGCAAUUGCCGAGUGCCGAGGCGAAUUUCGAGGGUUGAAUUUAUAAUAGAUGGCACAAUCUGCUGUGCAUAAGUGAAGCCAAUGGCGGCCAUAUUGGAUGGCUCCACCAUUAAUCUAAUCUGGUGUUGUGGACAUGUUCAACGCUUCCUUUACGUUUCUAGUCACUGGUGGGAAAGGACAAAUAUUGCCUAGAUAAGAAUUUAUCAUCAGUAGCCCCUCUUUUUCCUAAAUUUGCCGGUGAAUAACUAAUGCAGGCCAUCAAAUAUGGCCGCCAUAAGCCUCAUUAUGUGGUGUAUAAAACGUUCUAAUUUCGAAGAGGUUUUGGAACUUCAAAAUCGGGUUACUGAAAUACUGAAUUAAGUGGAUUCAAUAGGAUGCUUUAUCCAGUCCUUAUUUAAGAUCAGUGAUAAACAUGCGUUAAUUGAUUACACACAUAAAAGCUGAUAUCAGGAUGUGUUCGCACUGCUUGUUCCCAGAUGUUGUGACAAGUCUGGAACAAGUUUUUAUCACUAGAUUAGAAUGUUGAUGACGGUAACAGACUUGUUACGAUUAAGUUGUUCCAACAAGACUCGUACAGGCUGUUCGUAACAAAUUGCUACGAGCUUAUUGUCCUCAAUUUGUUAACGUGCAGACGAUGUCAGACUUGCACUCGGAAAAAAUUGUCGGAAACACUUAUUGCCAGUCUGUUGCCCUCGUCAGCCUUGUGAUACAAGACGAUAACACUUGUUUCUGAGUGCUAGAAGUGCAUCUCCAUUUUUUCUAAAUAUUGCUAUAUUUCAUUUCUGUCAGGUAUAUCCGCAAGCCAGACUUUAUGUGUCGUACAGACAGAUCAUUUGAUCCUUUCGCUGAAUCUACUGUGGAUGGAAUUAUUGCGGGCUCAGUCGAAGUGAAGGCAAGUUAAACCAUAGUCAAUACAAUAAGGUUAGGGAACUCGAUACAGACCAUAGAUAUCUUAUAUACACUAGAUAGCGUAUCUCUUUUAGUAAAAUUGAAGCCAAGAAUAUUCCAGCGGUUACCCCCAUUUGAAUAGAUGGCGGCCAUGUUGGAGUUACCCACUCGCUAAUAAACGCUUAAAAAACAACAAUAACUUUCAUCAUUUGAAUAGUUUGAAAAUGUAUUUGGAAUAGGUUUAACUUAAUGUUUAAGUUCCCUGUUUAAGAAAUAGAAAACAUACGAAUCUUCUCAUUUCAUGGGAAUAUCCUGAGCCUGCAAUCACGGCUUCAAUUUUUGUAUUGCAGAAUAAUUAGAUGCACUACCUAGUGUAUAUAAGAUAUCUAUGAUACAGACAUAUAGACCUCGUUAUCUAUGUUUUUGUCUUGGUUUUUGCAAGAAAUGGUUGGUUCAUCGUCACGUGUGUAUUGUUUUUUCGCCCAACCAACCAAUAGCAGUGUGUUGGUUUAAUGGACGACUUGCGCUUUAGACUAAAUUUUAAUCUAAGUAAGAACAGCGAAAUCUAUCACCACAGCUAGAAAGAGCGUCUUGGAAUUAGUAAUAUUACAAAAUUUGGUUCCGAAAUGUUGUAAAAUACGGAAAAUAUAGCCCUUCAAAGUUGGCAAAUUUGUAUACUUUUGUAUUACGUGCGUAAAUUGGUAACUAAAUUAGUUACCAAUUUCCGCACGUAAUAGAAAUGUAUACAAAUUUGCCAACUUCGCAGGGCUAUAUUUUCCGUAUUUUACAACAUUUCGCAACCAAACUUGGCAGUUUUUCUAAUUUUGAUAACUUCUUUCCGAAAAUAUCCUUCGUUGUUCCCAGAUUAAAAACUUUUCUAAAGCGCAAGUCGUCCAUUACCCAGUCAUGAUAUUACACAUUGGUUAAAUGAAAACAUAGUUAUUGGUUUGCUCUGGCGAAAAUACAAUACACACGUGACGAUGAACCGAGCAUUUCUUGCAUGGGGUCUAUUAUGAGGCAUAAUGAGGUCGAGUCUCCUAACCUUCUUAUUCUAUUGGCUAUGGUUAAACUCACCUAUCUGAAAAUUAGAAAUAGAUAAAGUAUGCUUUUGAAUUCAGUGAGCUAAAUUUGGCUAAGAAUAAGCUAAAUAAGAUCAAACCUAUACGUACUAAGAAUUUUUCAAUGCCUUCUUUAGGUUAUUUCAGGUCAAUUUCUUUCCGAACGUAAAGUUGGCACUUAUGUAGAAGUAGAUAUGUAUGGUUUACCCGCAGACACGGUCAGGAGGAAAUAUCGCACUAAGACUGUGACUAACAAUGGACUCAACCCUGUUUAUGAUGAAGAACCUUUUCGUUUUAAUAAGGUAAGGCAGGUUUUGCUCUGUGUGAUAAAUAGAUGACAAAUAUUGAUUUCAGAGUACUUGACAAUUGAAUUCAGUGGGAGACAUACGCCUACAUCUCUUUAUAUUAAAACAAAGUUCAUUCGAUUCUAUGAGUAGAUGCGUGUAGAUACGCAACACUGUAACACACUCUGCUGACCGUUUUCCAUCUCCCAGCCCAAUUCCUCGGAUUCGACCGAAUCUAAAGCUACACUCAGAAAAAGAUUGUGGGCCACUCCCUCCCUUCCCUGGCGGUUUCACUGCUUGCGCGUUCGCCGAUAAAAGGAAUGCGGAUGUGAUUUUCAUGUCACAAAAGGGGACGAAAUUGUAGAAAUCAUCAAGAAGUUUUUGUUUAAGGUGGUUCUUCCCAAUCUUGCUGUGUUAAGAAUAGCGGUUUACGAAGAAAGUGGUAAACUGAUUGGUCACCGCGUAUUGCCUGUUGAUUCAAUUCAACCUGGUAAGAUUUUAGUACUUGUCUUACAUUUCAUGCAGUAUACAUAGCUUAAGUUAUAGCCAGUGAGCUCCAUAUAUAUCUGGAGCGAGAAUUCGAGUCCAAAAAGUGAAGCCAGCUUUGUGUUAACCGCGCAUACAUGUACAAAUACAGUUGAAAGAGACUGGUACUGACGUCCAAUAGCUCCUUCAAUUUCCGCCAUCUUGGCAAAGGGUGUACCGAAAUUUCGUAUUUUGACAUCGAUUUAAAGAAUAACACUAUGUAGUCGGCCGGCCAAGGUGGCAAAAAGUGCCUCGCAAAAAUCAGAAGUGGUAACACACACAGUCUUGUUCACCAAGGCUUAAACUAUAAGAAAAUGCCUGUUACCAGCUUCUAACAUAAAGUUGCCAUCAAGUUGUACAAAUUGAUGACUUGGCCGGCCGUCUAAUGGUCUUUGUAGGUUUGCAUGGCGAUAAAACAUAUAAAUGAUAUAAUACUUUUUGUUUGCGGAAACACCACGUAAAUUUAUUACUGGAAGUAAUAAAUUUACGUGGUGUUUCCACAAACAAAAAUAUUAUAAUAACACUAUGGUUUUAUGAACGGAUAACUUGGUUAGCGAUACGGCUUCACUUUUCUCAUAGGCCGAAUGAAUCAAUAAAAGACACGACAUUGUUAAGUUGGACCUCUAGGGAGAAAAGUUAAAAAAUCAGUAGAAGCUGGGAAUUCAACUACACACGUAAAAACGCACAAGUUGUUACAGCUCUGCAAACAAGUUGUUACAAAUCUGUUCACAAGUUGUCGACAGAUUGUGUUCGCACUGCUUGUUCCCAGUUGUUCUAACAAGUUUGGAGCAAGCUGUUUAACAACUUGUAACAAGCUUGAUGGCAUUAUCAGACUGUUACAAGGUUGUUCAAACAAAUCUGAUACAGUCAUGAUAUAGUAAACAAGAAUGUUACAAGGUUGACGACACAAGGUUGUAACAGUAUUGUUAUAUCAUGACUUUAUCAGACUUGUUUGAACAACCUUGACUGAUAACAUCAACAAGGUUGUUCCAUACUUGUUGACAACUUGGGACAAGCAGUGCGAACACGACUUGUUGACGGCUUGUUGGUAGACUUGCUACAAGAUGUGAGAUUUUGACGUGUGUACCUGAAAUAUACAAGCAAUACUUCGACUUUCCGAGCGCAGGCCCUUUAUCGAAAAGUGAGUGUCUACUACAGACCGUUAAAGUUAAUAGAGCAAUCUAGUAUAGUAAAAAAGUUAGUUCAGUUUAUUUUGACAUAUCACUAAUACUGAUUAUAAUUUAUUCCAGGCUAUCGUCAUAUCAAAUUAAAAAGUGAUUGUAACCAGGCCUUGUGUCUUCCUGUGUUGUUUGUCUCUAUUGUCACCGCUGAUUAUGUACCUUCGGGAUUCUCGGGUAUGUAGAUGUAUAUCAAGGGAUCCCUGACGAAAAAAGUCUAUAGGUGGCCUAUAGGUUCCUAUAGGAAAUGUUCCAAUUCCCUAUAGAAGCCUUUAGGCACAUAUAGAGAUAUAUAGGCUUAUAGGCAUCCCUAUAGGUCACCUAUAGAAAAUGUUCCAUGCAAUUGCCUAUAAAAACCUAUAGGUUUCCUAUAGAAACCUAUAGGUUGGCCUAUAGGCCAGGGCUAUAGACUUUUUUUGUUGGGGAUGUAAUUCAGUGGCGAAGCUAGCCAUAGCAACAGGUCACGCGAUGCAAUUUUUAAUGUUUUAACAAAGCUACUACAUAUAAUCCAAAGAACUGACAUUAUUUUCUAAUAAUCACCGUGACCAUUUAAGUAAAUUAAUUAAUGCCUCUAUGUUACCGCAGAUUUCGCUGAUGCUCUGACAAAUCCUAUCGCGUUCCAGUCCAAAGCCGAGAUCAGAGGACACAUGUUGGAAAGUUUAAUGGACGAUGAUGAAGCUUCUUCACAGGUAUAAAUGUCUACUUUUACAUAAAAUAUGGGCCUUCGUUGUCACAGUCGCCAAAGCAAGCGCCUUUCACCUCAGAGAUCGUGGGUUCAAUUCUCGCUACGGACUCAUGUGAAAAGAGUCGGUCAACGCUCUGCCGAAAGUCGUGGGUUUUCUCCGGGCGCUCCGGUUUCCUCCCACGGGGAAAGUUGACAGGGUGGGCAGGCCUUAGAAUAUCGGUCGGUCACGGACAUUGUCCGACCCAUUCAUCAAAAUGUCCGACGUAGAGAGGAAACCACCGGACAUUCUGUCCGACCUAAGUGAAACUGAGGUUUAUUGUUUGUCCGACCUGAGUGUAUUGCUGUCCGACCGAACUGUGGCUUUGUCCGAAGCUUUCUGCACGCACGUAAAUCAAAAUGUACCCUAGUCCAGAACCAGAGUUUGUAUAAAAAUGAACCGGAAAUGUUGCGGGGCGACGAGUAAAAUGGUGAGGUGGAAAACGGGCUUAACUCUUAAGUUAUCGAAGUCGUACUGCUAUCAUAGGCAAGCAAGUUAAUUUUGGCUUGGAAAUAAGUAUGAAUGAUAUAUAUAUGUUAUUUACCGGAUUGGAGGUCCGCGAAUGAAGCUGCCAAAUAAAACGUCGUUUCUAUCAAUGCUAUCGGGAAGAGAAUUAUCUUUUGUGAGAUAGUAAAAUUCGUUUUCACUGUGUUUUCCAUCGUCUGCAGACAUUUUAAUGUUUUAAAAAGUAGCCUUUAAACUCGUCUUUAAAUUUUGAAAAAUAAAAACAUUGGCUCUAUGGCUUUAAAUCUCGCGCGGUCCGUACGGGUUCAUAUACGGACCGCUCAUGUAGCCGAUCAGAUUGCAGAAAAGCGUAAAAUAUGACUUCGGACCGCAAGAAAAAAAUAAUAUUUAAUAUCUUCACAACAUUUAGUUCAGAAUGAAUACAUUGUGCUGAUAUUAAUUUGCGUCAUUCAGACUUAUUUCCAACCCAAACUAAACUGAAGGUCAUCGGACAUCAUCAUACAUAUGUUCGACCCAAACUCAAAGGCAUCGGACAUUUUGUCAGACGGCCCUGUAAAAGAUAUUUUAAGGCCUGGGUGGGUUAGGAUAAACAUAGCUAGGGAAGUAAUAUUACAAUUGUUGUAAAGAUAAAUAGUCUAAGGCUAACUAGGUAAUGCUUGAUGUACUCGGUUACUGAGAAGCCCCGAGUUAGCUGAUGCCAACAAAACCUUGAUAUUUACCCAUAACCUAACAUGGCAGCACCCUAUAUGUAUAUUAUAUAAAUGAACGUGUGGUUAGAGCUCGACAACUGGCCUCUGUAGUUCAGUUGGUUAGAGCACUGCACCGGAAUCACAAGUUCGAUUCCUGCCAGGGACCUAAAGUUGCAUUUUUCGCAACUGUUCCUGGUUAAUAGUUACGGGAACCACGGAGUAUUUUUAUAAAACACAAAAGGACAGUAACUCCAAAUAACAUUUUGUAGCUUUAAUGAAUCUACGUUUCGACUAUAUUUUAGUCAUCAUCAGGACAGAUUGUUCCUGGUUAGGUCCAAUAAGUAAUGUUUACAACAUGAGCGGCCGUGUUGUAUCGGAUACAACAUGAAUCUGUAUCACAUAUACAGAUACGACACGCUUAUGAUUUUUCUUUGUGUUUUCUUCAUGAAUUAUUAAUGAGUUUUUUAAAUGUAUAUAAAUUUCCACUCGAUAAUUUCCAUCAACAAAACCCUUCAACUACAGUAUAAUAUCAACAAAAUCUUGAUAUGUAUGUAUUAUGUAUGUACAUGUAUGAUCAAGCGAAACAUUCAUUUUCAUUGUAUAAAUAUAUUUCAUUUUCAUUUUCCUUUCAAGGUCCCAGAAAUGCAGCCAAAGCUUGGUAAGUCGUAUAUCUUUAUAUUUCAUCUUUGUAUGAUUGGAAAGGACGUGUCUGAAGUUGGUCUCUGAACUACCUGAAAUUGAAUAAAAGCACUUAGACAUUUGAGCCGAAGAAACUUCAGGACGUGUUUUUAAAUCAUUUUUCUGUAGUUCAGACACACUCACGCGGAAGCAUAGUGGCCGAGUAUUUUACCCCGUUUUAGCCAUAAUGCGAGGUGAUUACCAGAUUACAUUGAUAUCGAAGGAACUAGACUCAGUUCCGAAAUAUCACAUACUCGAACCGACCUGACCGCGUAGCUCAGUUGGCAGAGCAUUGGGCUAGUAUUCCAAAGGUCGUAGGUUUGAUUCCCACCGUGGUCAGGCAUAUUUUUCAAGCCUGCCCGGUGUGGAUAUACAUUCAGAGUGACAUCACAAGCAAAAUAUACAGUAUGUUCGAACAGAACGGAGACCUUUCAUCUAUAACUAUUUUUCUUUCUGUUAUUCCAGCACCAGUGCUACCCGCGAAUAUACGUCGUUCAUCAGCGCAAUUCCAGGCCCAAGGCGGAAGAUGUGUGAAACCCUCCAUGUCAGUUGGUAACCUGGGCAACGGAACACAAUGUUCUUCGAACAGAUCAGUCUCACUGACUGCCGAUCAUAUUGACGGUACUGAAAACUCAUCAAGGAGAUUUAAACGAUCUCAGAGCACUAAAAAACGAGAAGGUUAGCUUGAGUUGAACUUAUUUCAAAUGAAUAAUGGCAUAAUUUAGAUUUAGCCUGAUUUAGAUAUAUUGGCUUAGCCAGCCCCAAACCUAAUCAUCCUGGGGCACGGUCCCCCGGAAAAUAUUUCUAUUUUAGGAUCUGUGAAACACUAUUCCAUGCAUUUUAGACACGUUUCUUGAUCAUUUGAAAGCCACAGAUUUCGUGUGUUUUAUGUCAUAGAUGAAAAUAUGAAAAGGGUAUGCUCCAAUAGUUUGUCGUCAGAUUUGAAAGAAUUGCAAAAUUGGUCAUGAAGACAAGUGGUUAGAGAUAAAUCGGUGAUCUACAUCAGGGUUUUUUUCAGGGAUUUUUUAGGGGGAUAAAACGGCCCCAAAAACUCAAUCUUGAAUUGAGUUUUGAAACUCAAUCUUCUCAUCAAAAGAUUCUGUGCAAUAAAAUGAAGUUGUUUGAGUUAAAUCCAUGACGUGUGCAAAUUAGGUUUUAGUUGAAAACCCAAAAAUUAAGUAAAAAAUGGCUGGAAUUCAUUUCACAACACAAUUACACAUUCACCGUCUUUAACCAGUUUAUAGUGUCCCUUAGUGCCCCUGCUUUAACACAUUGUAUCUCCACUACACUAAAGUGGGUACAGGUUUUAGCCUCCCGGUAGGGCGGAGGGGGGGGGAGGGGGAGAGACAGCCGCCUCAGACCCCCAGCUAUUCAGCUAAACUCAAUCUCCUCUGCAAAAACGGACCCAAGAGAAAAUCCUGGAAAAAAAACCUGUACAUGUACCCAAAACCGUAUUACCAAAACACCUAUUACUGCUAAAAUGUCAAACUAUUAAUUUCAGAACAAUUUCCCGCCAACCAAUCAUAUGUUACCAAUCGAUUUCAUGACGUAACGAAUGUAGUCGCAUUCCUCUGAAUAUUUUCACACAAAACAUGACGCACGUUUUUUGGAGCGAUCUGCGGUUUUGGUAACAGGCGCACGACAGGAAAAGAAAAUGAAAUCCCAAUAUCGACAACGCAUAACAAACCCGACAUCUCAGGCAUUCUUUAUAUGAGAGAUUCAAUGGACCAAUCCCAUAUUAAUCAAAAUUUUGAUCUCAACAAGUCUAGACAAAAUUCCAUCACAGCUUGAAAGAGCAUCACAAAAUUAGUAAUAUUCCAAAGUUUUGUUUGCGAAAUGUUGUAAAAUGCGGAUAAUAGCCUAUAGCCUUGCGAAAUUUGCAAUUUUCAGUCAUUUUGUAUUACGAGCGUGAAACGGUCACCACUUUUCCAAAAUUUUGAUCUCAACUAGCCUAAACAAAAAUUUCAUCACAGCUUGAAAGAGCAUCACAAAAUUAGUAAUAUUCCAAAGUUUCGUUGCGAAAUGUUGUAAAACGCGGAUAAUAUAGCCCUGCGAAGUUUGCAAUUUCCAGUCAUUUUGUAUUACGCACAGAAGUGGUAACCAUUUCCCGUUUGUAAUACAAAAUGACUGAAAAUUACAAACUUCGCAAUGCUAUAUUAUCCGCAUUUUACAACAUUUCGCAACGAAAUUUUGUGAUGCUCUUUCAAGCUGUGAUGAAAAUUUUGUCUAGACUUGUUGAGAUCAAAAUUUUGGUUGAUGUUGGAUUGGUCCAUUGCUCCUGUUUUUAAAAUAACAUCUUACAUUUUUAUUUUGCAGAAGAUCCGAAGAUUGUUCCUGUUCCUAUUCAUGAACUACGUGACCAUAAAGUGAGUCCUGAAUUGAAAAUGUUUUACCAGAUCACAAAUACCGUGGCCGUCACCCCCCUGAAAACAUAUUGAAAUUUGAUGUUCCAGGGGGGUGAAUACCUCUCUUUAGGGUACUUGCUAAGUCGCCAGAUAUGCGCAGUAAAAACUACCUUACGUUUUUUCUCACGAAGUGAGACCUCUGCAUGGUUAGUACUCUGUGACCAGAUCAUGGGUGGAAUAAUUAGUUAUUCUUCUUACAUGUAUUUACUUAGAAUGUGGAAAAAGUCAAGGAGAAACACAAAAAAGACAUGUCGCUACUGGUUCGCAAACACAUGAAGGUAUGAUCAUGCACACUUAAACGAUUUGUGUCACACCAUAGUAUCCCGGACUUUUGUUAUUGCUUUUAUCGUUCUCAAAGUCAUCAAAUAAUGAUAAAAAUACCUUAUUUGGUACAUUGGUACAUUUCCAAUAAGAAUCAGACGAAAGAAGCAAGGAUUUUCAAAGAAUGGUUUAAAUAUAUGACGGAUUACAAGAAUCCUUUUCGGAUUUGCCGAGAUUGAAGGUGAUCACACUAUGUGGCACCAUUCGUUCUCUGAAAUCUACAUAUGCAAAAGUUUAUAUUUGACUUGUACAGGAAAUUUUGAUUUUUGGAUUUUGUUGCCAGGAAGAGAAAUAUAUUUUCUAGGCAUGAGGGAAAACCUGGCAUGUUGUGAUUGGUAGAAUCAAACUGGAAGCUGCGUCUUAUGUGACUGAGGCAAAAUUAUAAUCAGCGAAUGGGUGAUUCCAGCUAUGGCCACAUAAAAUAAAUUCCUUGAUUCUCAUCGCUAAAUUUUAAAAACUCCCAGGAGGCGGGAGGUUUAUAUUUUAUAUUUUAUGUCAAAAUAUAAAAAAAAAGUUUAAAAUUUAAAAAAUUGGAGAGGGAGGUCUUUUUAUAUUUGCCCUUAAAUAUAUUGUAGAAGAACGCUAUAUAAGUGGAUAAUUGCACAUGCGCUAAUGAACAUGCAUAAGGGUCCACACAAAUCGUUGUAAUAAGACUAUAAGCCCAUUUUUCCCUUCAGUAUCCCAAGCAUCCCUUAACAUGUUGCAAUAUUAACGAUAAAACAAUUUUAUAUCGCAAAAAUUCCAAUAUAAAAUAUAAAAAUAUCUAAAUCUCUGAAGAUGCUCGGUCGGGCGGUAAAUUUAUAUUUUAUAACAAAAAUACAAAAAUAUAUCAACGCGGAAACCAAAAUAUCGUCGGGCGGUGAUGAGAAUCAAGGAAUUUAUUUUAUAUGGCCUAUAGAAUAAAUUUUGAUCAAGGCAAGAAGAACGAAAUCCAACACCACAGCUAGAAAGAGCGUCUUAGAAUGAGUAAAACUGCAAAGAUUGGUUGCUAAAUGUUGUAAAAUGAAGAAAAUAUAGCCCUGUGAAAUUUGCACAUUUUGUAUAUAUUUGUAUUACGCGCGGUAAAAAUAACCACUUUCGGCCCAAAAAUGGUUAUUUUUUCCCGCGCGUAAUGCAAAUAUAUACAAAAUUUGCGAACUUCACUGAGGCUAUAUUUUCCUCAUUUUACAACAAUUCGCAACCAAACUUUGCACUGAAUUUUACUCAUUUUAAGAUGCUCUUUCCAGCUAUGGUAAUGGCUUUCGUUCUUCUUGCCUAGAUCAAAUCAUCCAUUGCGUAUAUGGCAGAAAUCGAAGCCCAAUUUAAACUGAAUUACUUACAAAAGACCUGUAUAACCAUAUGAAGAAUUUCCAAUGUUUUAGGAAAAAGACAGGCUUCAAAAACAACAUUUUACAACACAAGAGAAGUUAGCGAAGGACAUGGAUAAAGAAAUUGAAACGACGAAGAAGAAACUAGACAAAACGUUGAAGAGAGCAUCAAAAUCUGGGUAAGAUACGUUUUUGGUUUUGAUAAAUUGUAAUUUGACUCCUGUAUCCUACCUAAAAUACCCCCCCCCCCCCUUCCCUCAAGAUAAUGUUUAAAAUGUGGAGGAAAUAAUAGCAACAUUGGGUAGGGGAGGAGGGGGACAAAAAGCUGAUGAAGUUAGUUGAAUACAUUUUCCUAAAAUUUUGAUCUAUUUUAUUAACAUUGUACAUGAUUCAGGGUUCCAUUCCUGGCAGGCGUUUGGCCAGGGUGUCAAAACUGGUCGUCCAAAAAAUACCGUUAGUGUGGCAACCUAUUUUUGUGGACGUGGUCAAAAAACAGGACGCUUAAAAUCAAUUGUCACAUACUUAUAAUUCAGCUUCUUUUCAACAAAUGCUAUUAAAACAUAUGCAAUCGAUAAAGUAAACAGCAGCUGACAUGUAACUUUUGAUUUAUUAAAAAAAAAACAAAGCUUGAGAGUUUUAAGAAAACAUUUUCUUAUGCUGUCCAUGGCCGUCUACGGCUGGCUAAAUGUCUGUCCCUCGGUCGUAUGCGAGAUGAAUGCUUCCUAGCUGUUACUGGGCCUCUAGGAGGAACAGUUUAGAACUGAACGAGUUAUCUAAUAUAAUAAAUAAACUAUGUAUGGGUAGUUUAGUUGAGGUUUUCCUUUGUAGUAACACUGGUCCAUUUAAUAUGCAGUACAGGUAUAUACCCUUUACUGAAGAACCAGAACUGAUGGACCACUGAUUUACUUCAGUUUAAUGUAAAGCUGUUUCAUUAGGAUUUCAACUCAAUAUCUCUGUGUAUUUGUUAUUUUUAUGUGAAGAAAAUACGAAGAGGUUUACAAAGAAGGGGUCCAAGAAGUUGCAAGUCUUCGUAAAGACCACGAGAUGAGGGUAAGAGAAUGUAUGUAGUAAUUGACCAACUGAGCACAAUCUCCUGAUAUCAAGAGUAUUGUUAACUCGACAUACAUAGGUAUUAUACAUACAAGUACAUGUAUUUAUAUUAUACUCAUUAGUUUUGAGCUCGUGUUACGUAAUACAUAACCUCUUCUUAGGGGCUGUUUAUAUGGUCCCGCUUACCCGGGAUUCAAUGAAAUGUGGAGUAUUUUGAGCAAUUGAAAUACGUUUUUCAACCCUAAACAAAAGUUAGAUAACUUUAAAUAUUGUUUAAACGAAAUUAUGAACGCACUAGAAGUUUUGUAGUGGAAGAAGCCAAUAGCAUUCAACAACAUUUUGUUUUUUGUCUAAAACAUGGAAUUUCAUACAAUUUGUAACAAGCAAUUUUGUUAGAUCAUGAAGUGCGACUUAUUUUAAUUGCUCAAAAUACUUCACACUUCAUUGAAUCCCGGGUAAGCGGCCCAGCCCCUUAGAGUAAGACGUCUUCGAGUAAGACGAAUGCUGUAUUUAUUCAUGUGUUUAAAAUAUAUUUAUUUCUUCAUUUAACAGAUGAAUGUGUUGAAGUUGGAACAACGAGAAGAAGUGAUCGCAUUGAUAGAAAAACAACUGAAGGAACAACAUGCCCUGGCAAAAGAAAGCGUCCAGCCUGUACGUCUAUUUUUGCAUACAUAAAGAACGUAUUUUUAUCGCGCUAUAAAUCCUAACCGAAAAUUAUAACGAGCGCAGUGCUACAUAUAACAUCUAAACGGCUAAUUACUGCUUUGUUUUUGCGGCUGAUUUAGGAAUUUGACGAGUUGCGUGUCGUUAUGGAGUUGACAAAAACAAAACAAAGUAAAAAAUUAGCUGAAGUUCAUGAAAGGUAGGAUUGUUGGAGAUUAACAAUAUAUAAAUAUAUAGACAGUAUUAACAGUUUAGAAGCCGGAAAUGCGGCAUGCGCCAACACUUCCGGUGAAACGAACACAUGUUGUAAAAACAUUAGUGACGAGAGCGAGCGUGCGAAUGGCGAUUGUUAUAUAGGGCGAGAUAUUAAACAAGCAAAAAAGGAAAGAGAUUGUUAACUAAACCUGUGUUUAUAAAACUGUGAAUUGUCGUAAACACAACAGGAGGCAAUUUACGACACCUGGCACCUCCCAACGGGAUUGUAACUAGAGAUUUAGGUCGAGCAAGAGCAAGGGAAUUCCGAAUAUAAUGGCAUUAAAACAACAACUCGACGAAAUUGAUGGCAAGUUACGUUUACUCAAUUUUACGACCAAGAAAACCGAUGAUAUACUUAAAACAAACGAUGAAGAAGUCGCUAUUUGACAAAAGGGUCAAAUAACAAAGAUUAUUUUGGCUAUAAGUGACCUGAAACAACCAAUCGAAGAAAAGAAAUUUAUCGAAGGCGACUCCGAAGAGAAUGUCGCAGCAUGGGGGGAAUCAAUCGAGGAAAAUAUAGCUUUGGCCGACGAGAAAGUGAAGCAGUUAAACGAGUAUAUUCGGCGCCUUAAAGCAGACGAACGCCAGAAAGAAAGCGCCCUGGAAAACGAAAAUAAACGACUAUUAGACGAAGAAAAUUAUGCGAGACAACAAGCCUUCGAGAAACACGAAAGAGAUAAACAACUUGCCUUCGAACAGGAACUUUUCAAUCAAAAAUUACAGUAUCAAAAGGAAAUUAAAGAAGUUCAAGCAGGGAAAAACUCAUCCACAAAGCUACCAAAGCUUGUAAUUACACCUUUUAAUGGCUCAUAUCACGACUGGUUGCGAUUCUGGGGCCAAUUUUCUGCGGGUAUUGAGUUGGCCGAUAUUCCUAAUGUGAUGAAAUUCUCUUACCUGAAAGAGUUAGUAGAACCCAAGAUUCGGACAUGUAUAGAUGGACUGCCCUUCACGACCGAAGGAUACAAAAGUGCGAAGAAAAUCCUUGAAGAAAAAUAUGGAAACACCAGUGAAAUUGUGAAUUCCUAUGUGGAAGAAAUCGUGAAUUUGCCAACAAUAACAAGUACCCGCCCGGAGAAAAUACACCCCUUCUACGAGAAAUUGGUUUAUUGUGUCCAGUCACUAGAAACUUUGGGAAAACUUCAAGAAGUAAAUGGAUAUGUACGACUUACCUUGAACAAAGUACCUGGAAUACGUGGGGACUUAGUCAGAACUGAGCCCAAAUGGAAAGACUGGACAUUCACAGAUUUAGUCAAAGCACUGUUCGCUUGGACUGAAAGAAACCCUAUUGAAGCAAAGACAAGCAACGAAAGGAAAGAUGCAUCAAGGGCUUAUCAGACUCGUCAAGUAGAUCAGAAAUCUCGAGCGUGUGUAUAUUGCGACUCUAAAAAUCACAAGUCCAUUGCUUGUGACUCGGUGACCACCUGUGAAGCUCGACGAAAGAUUUUGUCGGACAAGAAACUGUGUUUUAACUGCACGGGUGGUAGUCAUAGGGCAUCUGAGUGUAGGAGUAAGCAAACCUGCCAGAACUGUAACCGACGUCACCACACCUCAAUAUGUGAACUAGCCAAAACCAUUUUGACCGCAGCAUACCACCCCAGCGAUCACAAAGUAAUUUACCCAGUAGUUCUUGUCGAAGUCGACGGUACCAAGUGUAUGGCACUGCUUGACACUGGUUCCGGAAGCUCAUACGCAUCUGCGAAGUUAGUCGAACAGUUAAACAAGAAACCUAGUGAGUCGAAAGUUACAAGAGUUGAAAUGCUAAUGGGAUCAGCAACUCGUCGAGUGGAAGUCUUUAAUGUGAACAUUAGCAAUACCGAAGGCAACUUUAACUUGAAAACUAAGCUGACUAAAGUAGAAAAACCUUGUUUGAUGGAACUUCCUAACCCUCACUAUGACAGUCUAAUCAAGAAAUAUCCCCAUCUUGGUGGAGUGAAGAUGAUUGACGAUGACCAAAAGGAUCAACUUCCAAUACAUGUCGUGUUGGGAGCUUGUGACUAUGCCCGUAUCAAAACAAAAUGUGCCCAAAGAGUCGGUUCACCUGGAGAUCCAGUUGCAGAGAAAACAUCAUUCGGCUGGACUAUGAUGUCAACCGGAGUUGAAAGUGAUUCAAACAAGAUGUUGCUAACACAGACCUCCACUGCUGAUUAUGAAAACCUCUGUCGGUUGGAUGUGCUUGGUUUAAAAGAUCUUCCAGAGAAUGACCAGGACAUUGUUUACGCAGAAUUCAAAGAGCAACUGAGACGUGACCCUGCAGGAUGGUACGAGACUGGGUUACCCUGGAAGGGUAACCAUCCCCCUUUACCAAGUAACAAGCAGGGUAGUGUUCGACGGUUAGAAUCACUAAUGCGAAAACUGAAUCGCUCUUCCAUUACCGAGAAAUAUGAUCAGAUUAUUCAAGAACAGAUUCAAGAGGACAUUGUACAGAGUGCUCCAGAAAAACCUAACGGACAUGAGUUUUAUAUCCCGCACAAACCGGUGAUUCGAGAGAACGCUGACAGCACUAAAUUAAGAAUCGUAUAUGAUGCAUCAGCCAAAGAAAGCGCAGAAGCACCAUCACUUAAUGACUGUCUUCAUACCGGCCCGUCAUUGCAGAACAAGCUAUGGAGUGUUUUGGUCCGCGGUAGAUUUCAUCCGGUUGCUGUCAGUGGUGACUUGCAGAAAGCCUUUCUGCAAGUCAGAAUCAAAGUAGAAGACCGUGAUGCACUGCGGUUCCAUUGGAAGCCCAACAGUCAAGCUGAGAUACAAACCCUCAGAUUUACUCGAGCCUUGUUCGGGUUGGCGCCAUCACCCUUCUUGCUGGGAGGGGUGAUCGAGUACCAUCUACAAUCGUGGGAAGAUAGAAAACCCGAUACUGUUGCUGAAAUCAAGAAGAGUCUUUAUGUUGACGACCUUAUCUCGGGUUCCACUACUGUUGAGAAAGCGAAAGAAUUAAGAGACGGUGCAAUUGAAAUUUUUGAAGAUGUUAAAUUCACCCUCCACAAGUGGAAUUCCAAUGAAGAUGAGUUACAACCAAAGGAAGUAAAUGCACAGUCGGAUGAAAGUACCUAUGCUAAGCAACAACUUGGAGUCAAGGCAAACGAAAGCAAAAUUCUCGGUCUUCCUUGGGACAAGGCGAAAGAUACCUUAAAGGUAGUUUAUCCGCAAGAGUAUGGUGACGUGACAAAACGAGGUAUCCUUACUAGUUUGGCAAAGAUAUACGAUCCACUUGGCCUUGUUUCUCCAACAACCCUAAUUGGAAAGCUUGUGUAUCGAGAUGUUUGUGAUCUGAGGUCAGCCUGGGAUGCGCCUGUUCCAAGUCAGCCAAACAUUCGGUGGAAGAAAUGGUUUGAUGGUCUCCCUAAUGACGUACAAUUUCCAAGAUCUAUUGUGCGACAUCAAGAGACAAUCGAAAGCGUAGAUUUACACAGCUUCGGAGAUGCAAGUGGAAAUGUAGUUGCGGCCGCAGUUUACGCAAUUGUGAAUCAACAAUCUGGAAGCAGUCAAGGUCUUGUAGCAGCGAAAUCACGUCUAGCGAAAAGAAAUACUACAAUCCCACGACUCGAACUGACGUCAGCACACAUGGCAACGAAUCUCCUUAACAACGUCAAGAAUGCUCUAUCGGGAUUUCCAAUAAACGAACUGCAUGCGUGGUUAGACAGUACCGUGGCCUUGUAUUGGAUUCAGAACGGCGGUGAUUACAAGCAGUUCGUGGCGAAUAGAGUUCGAAAAAUUCAAGAGUAUAAUGAAAUUGUUUGGCAUCAUGUACCAACUGGAGAUAACCCUGCGGAUCUUGGGAGCAGAGGCGGAAGUGUGACAAACCACAACCUUUGGUGGAACGGCCCGGAGUGGCUCGCCAACCGAGAAGAAUGGCCCCCUGAUAUUGUGAUCAAAUCUUCACCUGGAAGCAAAGCAGAAACGAAGAUGACGAAAGAGGUCAUUAACGCAGCAGUGGAACGAGUCGAUGAUCAAUUCGAUGAUCUGUUGAAGAAGCACAACCUUUGGAAGGUCCUGCGAAUCGGUGCAUGGAUCAAUCGUUUCCUACUGAAUUGCAAAGCAAAACCUCGAGAUCGACAGUUGGGUCCUCUGCGCGCCAGUGAGAUAAAGAUCGUGAAGAAAUGGUGGAUUAAACGAGUGCAGAACGAAGCGAAAAACCAACCAGUAUUUGCUAAAGAAAGCCUGGAACUGAAUCUUCAAGAGAACGAUGAACAUAUCCUAGAAUGUAGAGGAAGAAUUCAGGGCGUCUAUCCUGUAUACCUACCUGACAACCAUACCUUUACCGAGAAAGUAGUUGAAGAUUCUCACUUGCAAACGCUCCACGGGGGAGUGACCUUAACCAUGACCCACGUCCGAAACAGCUACUGGAUCCCCAGAUUAAGAAGAUUGGUCAAGCGUAUUCGAAAGAGUUGCUUCGGGUGUAAGCGAGCUCAAGCGAAGGCGUAUUCUGUACCGCCCCCUGGAAUCCUACCAACAACAAGAACAGAAGGAAAAAAUGCGUUUGAAGUUAUUGGAGUGGACUUUGCGGGUCCACUUAAAUAUUGUACAGCUCGAAAGACUUUCAAGAAAUCUUAUUUGAUCUUGUACACAUGCAGCCUGACUCGUGGAAUGUAUUUGGAAUUACUACCAAGCUUAGAGACGGACGAGUUCUUGAAAAGCUUUAAAACAUUUAUUGCAAGAAGGGGACGACCAAAACUCGUGUAUUCUGAUAACGGGGGAACCUUUGUGGGAGCAGCGUCCUGGCUCAGACAAGUUAUGAAUGACGAGAAAUUAAACGGCUACUUGGCAAGGCAAGAGAUGGAAUGGCGGUUUAACCUUAGUCGCGCCCCAUGGUGGGGCGGCCAGUUCGAGCGACUGGUGGGACUGGUCAAAUCAGCUAUGUACAAAGUCAUUGGCGGUGGAAACCUAUCUUGGAAAGAACUACAAGAUGUCGUCCUAGAUGUCGAGGUAACCCUCAACAACCGGCCCCUUGAUUACGUCGAAGACGACGUUCAACAACCUACAUUAACACCCAACUCGAUGUUGUUUGGACAAUCGAAUACUAUCCCACAACUAGAGCCCCACAACAUUGAAGAUACAGAUCUAAGGAAACGAGCAAAGUAUUUGCGAAGGUGCAAGGAUGCAGUUUGGCGUCGUUGGACCAAGGAAUACCUAAGAGCACUACGUGAGAGACACAACCUAAAACACGGCACGAAGUUGGUUACACCGAAAAUUGGUGACGUUGCGAUUAUUAAGAAUGAUGAGCGGAAUCGAGGGAAAUGGCAACUUGGAGUUAUCGUGCAACUUAUCACAGGCAAAGACGGGAUUGUCAGAGGAGCGAAGUUACGAGCGGGAAAGGGUAUUCUUGAGAGAGCCGUACAGCAGUUGUAUCCAUUAGAACUUUCGUGCAAUU